AUGGAUCCUAGAUACCUCUAUAAAGACAUAAGAGAGCUAUGCCUUGAGUAUAAUAAGUCUAGAAAUAGAGAAAAAUUUGACCAAAUUUUGUCAAAUUCUCGUAAAAUAGAUAAAAAAGCAGAUUCUCGUAAAUAUGAGGGAAUAAUUGGACAGGAAGAGGUUAAAUUGAAUUUAAAUAAAGAAGAGGAACAGGAAAAUGUAGAUAUGGCAGUGAAUGAGUCUUCUUUGGAGGGAGAUAGUCAACAUUUUCAUGUACCGGUAUCUCAAUCGUUAAAUAGUUUUAAUAUGACAUCAAACCAUAUGAAUCGUUUUGAAUCAUCGGGGAUAUUGCAUAAGAAGCGAAAUGUUUUGACUAGAAAUACGCCUGUUAUUUCGUGGAAGAAGAAAAAAUCUGGGCAAAAACAUAAAAUUGAUUGUCAAGAAUAUUCUGUAUCAGUUUUGCCGGAAUCGAUUAUAUACAAGGGAUUUUUAGAUAGAAAGGAUGAGAAAGAUUAUAACUCUUCUGUAUCUUCUAAGUUUUCUAAUGACUGGACACUUUGUACGACUAUUUUAUCAGGAUCGAAUUUAUAUUUUUAUAGACCUCAAAAAAUAGAUAAUAGUUCUUAUAGUACUAUGUAUUCAUGUUAUUUGUCGGAUACUCCUGAAUCAAUGGAAUAUAAAUUUUCGUCACUAGAAUUUGACUUAAAUGUUAGAUCUAUUUUAUAUGAUGCGAAUAAUUUACAACGGUUUUUUUUUGGAAUAAUUUUGACAGAAUUUGAGGGUUUUAUUCAAGAUCUUGAAAGGGAUAUGAACAGUAUAUUUUUCGUAGAAGAUAUUCUUGUAUUAUGUUAUCGUGGACCACUUAUAUUUAAUAAAGAUCAAGAUUUACAUUCUAAUUUAAACACUCAUAAUAUUAAUCUGAAAAAGUUGUGGAAACUGGAUGUCGUUUAUAAUGUAUUUGACGUAAAUAUUGUAUUUAAUUUAUUGAAGAAUGUGAAUCUAGUUUCUUCUGAAUUAUAUGACGAGAAUUUGUAUCUUAUGACUAUCAACAAUGGGGAAAUAAUAAGACGCUUUAUUUUAUCUAAGGAAAUGGCUAUAUAUUUUUUGAAAAAAUAUUUACUAUUGCAAAAAUUAACUAAGAGUGCCGAAUUCUCAAUUCUAAAGAAUACUGAAUCAAUGGAUUUUAUUUCAACGUCUAUAUCAAAUGAUGUUCAAGAUAUUUUGUUAAAUUCUGAUAAGACAUUAAAGGCUACAACAACUAGAAUAUUAUUAAAAAUAAUGCUAGGAAUUAAUGAUACAAUGACUAAUUUUGAUAUUUUUGAAUUGUUUACUACCCUUAUAGGUUUUUGGGAUUCUUCUGAAAUAAUACUAGAAACUAUAUUAUCUAUUAUUUCUGAAUCAUCGCUAGAUUUCAGUUCAAGUAUCGAAAAAAUGAUUAAUAUAUGGUGUGAUAAAUGUUAUGGAAUGUUUCAAGAUAGUAAUAUUAUUAAUAACAUUGUGAAGUUAAUAGAAAAUGGAAUUGAUCUCAAUAAUAGUGUUUUAAGUCAAAAUUUAAGAAAUAAAAUUAAAAACAAAGAAUUAACUCUAAAAAAUGAUUUAUUUGAUUUAAUGGCUAUAGAUCUUUCUAUUUAUAAAAUUCAUAAUAAUGAUUUGGAAUUUGGAAUUUCAGUAGAUGCUAUUUUGAAAAUUCCUCCAGAGGUAUUUUCACGUGAAUUAUAUUAUUUUCAUCAACGUUUUCUUAAUAUAUGGGAUCCAUCAUUGGACAUGUCUUUAUUUUUUAACAAAGCAUCAUUUAAUUUAAUUAGGAAUCCUUUGAUUUUUGGGCAUCGACAUAUACACUUUAUUACCAGACUUGUUCUUGAGCAACUUUUGAAAACAGAUAUUAUGAUGUCUACUAAGCUUCGCGCUAAUAUUUGUGCAUAUUGGAUAUCUGUUUCGAUUUGUUUAAGAAAUUUUGGAGAUAUGGCAGGAUGGUUUUCUAUUAUUAUUGCUUUAUGUUCUCCCUCAAUAAUUCGUUUAAGAAAAACAUGGACAUUGGUUGAUUUGAAUCUAAGGGAAUUUCUACAGAAUUCUAUUUCUAUUAUGAAUGAUUUACAUGAGUUUGAUUUUUAUAUGGCUGAUAGAACUAUAUAUAUGCCUGAUGCUUUGAUAUCUGAUAAAUUAUCUAAGACUGAAAUUUCUAAACAAACUAUACCAUAUUUUGGAGAGAUCUUAAAUUAUAUUGAAAAUUUUAUAUCUUUAUAUAACUCCAAUAAUAAAUUAAUAAAUAUAGAAUCAUUUAAUGACAUUUUUAUUUUAGUAAAAAAAAAAUUAGAAAGAUGGAGAUGCAUUAUAUUAGCUAAUAAAACAUUUAUUUGCAUUGGUGAUGAAAAUAGGAACCUUAUCUUGCAAGAAAUAUUUAAAGAACUUAAUUGUGUCAGAAUUAAUCCACAGUCGAUAUUCUCUGAUGUUUUCUUUAAAAAAUCGCUUAAAUGUGAACCAUUAAGUCGUGGUAUAUAUUCGCAAUUUGAUUAUUCUCAAAAUGUUAACAGUAAAUUCGACACAUACGCUUCUUUAAUAUUUAAUUAUAUAUAUAACUCAUGUAAUUUGCAUGAUUUUAUGGACUUGUCUGAGACAUACAAAGAUCAGAAUGUUUACACCGACAUAGAGAGUCAUUUAAUUAGAGAAGAUUCUUUUUUAUAUAAUCAAUUAGUACAAGUUCCCGAUCUAGACAAAUUUAAUAAACAUUUGAAAAGAAGUUCAUUUCCUUUGAAUAGAUAUUCUAUGCUUAUUACAGAUUUUGAUUUGGACAGUAAAAUUCGAUAUAAAGCAAUAGAUUUAAGGGAUAGGAGCUCUUUGAUUUCUGAAAAUUCUCAAGAUAUCUUUGGGAAAAACGAGAAUUUGUUUUACUAUACUGACGGUGAGUUGGUUUUAAAAUCAAUUGGAAGCAUUUCAGAAAAAAGAGAAUCGAAAUGUGUUGAAGUUUCUUUUGAAGACAAUAACUUAUCAAAGGUUUUUGAUAAUGAGAAGAGAAUUGAUAAUCUAGAAUCUCUUCGAAUAAUAGUAUCAUAUCAAGUUAUUGUUAAAGCGGGAUCAUUUGAGCGUCUUAUAGAUGUUCUCGUUUUAGGGAUAGAUGAUUUCAGUGAACGUCUAAUUCGUGAAUCGAAGAGUAUUCAGCUUAAUCUCUAUAUUAAUAUAGGAGAUUUCCGUUCGAUUUUUUUGUCUACAUUUCGUUCUUUUUGUACACCAUUUACUCUUCUUGAACAUUUUAAAAAACGCUUAGCUGGUUCUAAAGUAGUUGCAUCGAAGAUUGAGGUUAAUAUGAAAGUUUCUGAAUAUGCAAAAAAUAAUCGAAUGUUUCCGGAUUGGACUUCAUCUGAUUCUGGUAAUUAUGGUUCAUUUAAUUAUGAUUUUUAUUUGAAAAUACAUGUUGGUGUGUUGGAAUGUGUAAUAUUAUGGCUUACUCAUUAUUUUGAUGACUUUGUUGAUGAUAUAUGUAUGUUGGAUGGAUUUUAUUCUUUUUUAAAAUUAGCCAAUGAUCAAUUACAAAACUGGAAAGAAAUUGUAUUAACAAAAAAUGAAUUGCAAUAUUAUAUGUCUCAAUAUCAUGAUCUUUUUGAAAAUCUCAGAAAAUUAUUUGUUAAAUUGUCAUAUCAGCCACAAAUAGAACAAUCAUAUGUUACAUCUAUAAAAAUAUUACAAGGAAUAAAUAUUUCUUCAAAAUAUAGUGAUGAAGAUGUUUUUAAUUUAGCAUAUACUCUUGAUAGGUUAGCUGCUAGUAUAUUUAAGAAAUUAACACUGGAUGAUUGGAUAUAUUGCUUUGAACUUUUUCAGGCUCAAUUCAAAGACUUUGAAUCAUUUUUCGAAUAUUAUGAAUCAAUAUCUCUUCAAAAUAAUAAUUAUAUUUUGCAAGAUACGUAUAGUUUAUUAAGUCAAAUUCGCAGAUCUCAAUCUCAUGAUUUACUGAUAAAUAUGUUCCCUCAUUUAAUAAGGGAAUUAUUUGAAUUAAGGCAUAAUAUUAUUAAAUGGGUUAUUAGUCAAAUUACUGACAUUAAUAUUGAUUGCUACACAAGAACGGAUCGAAUAUUGUUAUAUCUCCGGUUAUUAGGUAUCUAUAAGUUAACAAUGACUCGUUUGGAUUUUUUUUCUGGACCUUUUGAUGGAAAUGAUUUGAUCAAAGAUAAAUCUGUAUUGCCUUCAUUUGUUGGUAAUGCUAUUGCUGCUGCUCUGGUUCGUCCAGAGUCUAGACUAUUUAUAUACGCUUGGUCUAUGGUAGCAUCUACACGAGGUUUAGACGGUCAGGUUGAAGAUCUUGCUUCCAUUAUUCCAUUUGUAACAGUUAAUAAUUCUUUUUCAUUUACUCCAUGUAUUGGUUGGAUCUUUCAAAGCAUGUUAAAAGUCGUAUUUUGUGUUCCAGAUGUACUUGGAAAACCCAAAUUCAUAAAUUUUAUUAAAUAUGCGUUUAUUUAUGAUUUUAUUUUACGUAUAAUUGAUUCUGAUAAUCAUGUAAAUUCGGAAGAAAAACAGCAAACUGACAAAUGUGAUGAUACGAGUGAUGUAAUUGUUAAUAUUCGGACUCAUGAUUUCAGGACUCUUGAAAUGGUUUCAGAAAAUGAAAAUUAUCCUUUACAAUUUAGUAAUAUAGGAAAGCCUUUUGAAAGCUUAAUACAAAAGAAAAUAAUCGCAAUUCAAAGAGAUCAAAAGCAUUGUGGAUCCAUAAAAAAACAUCUUAUAGAACUAGAUAAAAAUGUUGAACAGAAAAAUGCAAAUAAUUCUAAACAUAAUUCUAAAAUUUGUAAAGAGGAUUAUAAAAAAGUGUCAUUAAAAAAUAAAAGCGAUUAUCCUUUUGAAUUAUCUUCUUCUACUUCAAUGCUUAUGAAUAACUUUGAAAAAGAUAAAAAUUUAGGUAUUUAUACAGCGUCGUCUCAUGUGUUUCCUUUUAACUUUUCUAUAGUAUUAGAACCUGAACCUUUAGAUGUUAUUGAUCUGGUUGAUUCAUCCGUGAGUACUUUAGAAAAUUCGAAACAUGAGUAUGUGUUUAAGAUUAAAUUAAAAAAUGGAAUAAAGAUAUUACUUCGUGCACCAUCUGCAGAUGAGUAUAAAAUAUGGUAUAGAAAAUUAAAAGCUUUAAACACAAUUACUUUUAAUAAAAAGAAAAACAUCUUGAUGAAAAAUACACAUACAACGUCUAUAAAUACUGCAGUUAAAACUUCAUCUCCCGAAUUAGAUUCUACAGCUUGUUAUGGUGUGGAUUUGGCAACUUUGUGCUCUCGAGAAAAAAGUAAUAUUCCAAAAAUUGUAAACGAUUUAAUUAUUGAAAUCGAAGCUAGAGGUCUUCAAGAAGUGGGAAUUUAUCGUGUUUCUGGUUCAGUUUCUAAAGUAAAUUCAUUGAAAACAUUAUUCGAUGCUGGUAAAAAGGUGGAUUUUAAAGAUGAGUGUUGGUCAGAUAUCAAUGUUAUUGCCGGUGCUCUUAAAUUAUGGCUUCGAGAACUACCUGAACCUUUAAUGACUUAUAAAUUAUAUCCUAAAUUCAUUAGUCUUGUUGAUAUUUCUGACUAUCAUAAGAAGAUAAUCUCAUUAAAAACUCUUGUUAAAAGUCUUCCUUUUUACAAUUAUUCUUUAAUUAAACGACUUAUCGAACAUUUCGAAAAGUAA